UGCACCUUGCUCUAACCAGGAGCGCACGCGCUUCGAUGCGCGCUCCCGCUCAGUGAGUGAGCGUAACAGAAUUCAGCAUCACCCCAUUCAAUUUCUACCAGACGCAGAUCUAUUCACAGCUCCGACAAUGGCCUCUGGCGUUAAAGUCACAGAUGAAGUUAUCGCAAUCUUCAACGACAUGAAGGUGCGUAAAGCUCAGGCGAAUGAAGAUGAGAAGAGGAGGAGGAAGAAGGCCGUUCUCUUCUGCUUGAGCUCAGACCUCAAGAACAUUGUUCUGGACGAUGGCAAAGAGAUCCUCCAGGGGGACCUGGGUACCACCGUUCAGGACCCGUACCAGCACUUUGUGAAGAUGCUGCCUCCGGACGACUGCCGCUACGCUCUGUACGACGCCACCUAUGAGACCAAAGAAACCAAGAAGGAGGACUUGGUUUUUAUCUUCUGGGCUCCAGAUAGCGCUCCUCUGAAGAGCAAGAUGAUCUACGCUAGCUCAAAAGAUGCUAUCAAGAGAAAGUUUGAGGGCAUUAAGCACGAGUGGCAGGUGAACGGUUUGGAGGACCUGAAGGACCGACACACCCUUGCAGAAAAGCUUGGGGGCUCAUCAGUAGUCACCCUGGAAGGAUCCCCUUUAUAAAUGAAAGUGCACUGCUCCUCAGCCGAGGCCCGUCAGACACAUCAGUUCAGUUGAGUCAUUCCAGUUUGGCAGGAUAAGGGGGGGCUAAUGAAGAACCGGCGUCAUUUGUGGGACUUUUUGGGGAGGAUGUGAUGUGUGGGUUUGGGAACAAAUAAAAAAAAGAUAAGCUGUUGGGGGGGGGUCAUUACAGUUCUAGAAGAUGAACUACAUGCACAGAAGGGAAAUCAUUGAGAAAAUUGCUGAAGGAAAAAAUCAUUGAAAUACACAAAAUUACCAUGUUUAGACGCAGUUUUGCUUAUUCCAAGUACAAUUUGAAUGAUUGCUGAGACAGGGACAGGCAGAAACCUUUUAGUUAUGCAGACACUGAUUCCUGAUUUAUAUGCUCCAAUUAUUUAAUUUUAUUUAAUUUUGUUUUGCCAAACUAAUGGUUACGUUUGUAAGUGUGACUCGGUGUAAUUUGAAUUAAUAUGUAUGAACACCGAUAUAACCCAUAUCUUACAUUUAUCAUUUUUCUCUUUUGUUUCUUUUUCUUGUUAUCAUUACGUGUUUUCUCUUUUUGAACUUAUUUCCAAAACCUCUCUUUUCCCGGUUGUGGGUCAGAAAAUCUGGCCUCAAAAGAAGUAAACCAAUGACAUUCCUCACUUUUGUUAAAACCAGAACCUCCUCAGAUUGAGAACGUUGAUGAUGUGACGUUGAUGAUGUGAAGACGACUGUUGAUGAGAAUACGGAGGACCAAUGAUCAGAAUUAAGCCUAAAUAAUGAGUGGUUGAUGUUUUGUAUUGUCUGCUUAUCUCUAAUAAAUAAAGCACUUAUGGUUGA